AUGGCAGCUAAGUUAAUAGUCUUCCUGUGCGCUGUGGCAGCUGCCCGUGGGGGUGGUUUGUACUCAGCUCCUCUAACUACAUACGCCGCAGCACCAGUUUAUAAAAGCUAUGCAUCACCUGCUUACGCAACGUACGCUGCGCCAGCGUACUCUGCGUACUCCGCCCCAGCGUACUCUGCAUAUUCGACGUACGCGGCACCCGCAUACUCUGCUCCAAUAGUGAAGGCCGUCGCCCCUGCGGUCUCAUCUAUCUCGUCUUACUCAACACAGACGUCUCACGCUGCGCCUUAUGUGGCUAAAGCAGUUGCAACUUACGCUGCUGCACCUGUCGCCACUUACGCCGCGCACGCCGCUCCCGUCGCCACAUAUGCAGCUCAUGCUGCCCCCCUGUCUUACGCCGCACACGCUGCCCCUCUGACAUACGCAGCACCCGCAGCCUCUUAUGUGACUAAGACAUUCGCGGCUCCCGCAGUCUCUUACGCACAAUCUGCACCUCUAUAUACCAAGACCAUUGCUCCUGUCGCCGCAUACGCCGCUGCUCCCGUUGCAACUUAUGCUGCCCAUGCUGCUCCGUAUGCCACAUACGCCGCUGCACCUGUAGUGAAGUCCCUGACCUACUCUGCAGCCCCCGCCGUCUCUCAUGUGUCAUACAACGGUAUCGCUGCCAACUACGGCUGGUGA